UCUUCAUUCACGGUCCGGACGACGAGACUUAAGCAUCGCGCUCCGGAAGACGCCGUUCAGUCGUCGAGGCACUGGCACGUAUUCAUCACGGACGUCGCGACGCGCGGGACACUUUUUUUGACGCGCGAAAUAUUUAUUAUUUUUUGGGGAUUUAUUUUUUGUGGUGUGUGCAUGUUUAAGGGUCGGUACUGAAGUGCGGUUCGUCAAGAUGCGGUUUUUGACUGAUAUUUAUUGUGGGGUUUUGAUAGUGGUAUUAGCACACGUUUGCGGUGCGACCCGCACAUUAGGAGACGAGUGCGCGAACGAUUGGGAGUGUCGCGAGGAGAUCGCCGGCUCGAUAUGCCACAAGGGUCGGUGCUCGUGUCAACCGUUUUACGCCCGCGUCAACCAGACCACAUGUCUCCAAUCAACCCUAUUGGGUUACGACUGCGUGGUGGCUGAACAGUGCUCCCUGAAGGUGGCGAACAGUAGCUGUUUGGACGGCGCGUGUCGAUGCGUCGAUGGUUUCCUGCAGUUCAGGAAACACACAUGCCUGGGACCCGCCAGGCCGGGAAACGUGUGCUACAGCAACGCGCAUUGCAGACUGUGGACGGCGGACAGUCAUUGCGACUUCCUCAUCCCCAAUUUGUUCGGACGUUGCCAGUGCAAUUCGCCCUUCAAACAGUUGGGGGAUUCCUGCGUGCGAUCGGCCUUCCAAACCAAAACAGCCACCACUACACCCGUUAACGUUCUCACAACCGAACCGGACAUCAAUUCGAACAUUAUCGUUGACAGUAGCACGCCUGUUGAUAAGAAAAAGGAGGAUGACCAACCCACAACCGUUAACAAGCCAACAACUCAACCUCCAACAACCACAACAAUCGGUGACUUAAAGACAACGAAUCUGUUCAUAGAAGAAAUCACGACAGAACCCGUCGCCACCACUACUAAACCUGCCUCUAUAGGUUUAAGAAAAAGGAUCCGCACAACUUCAGCGCCUAAAAAUUAUCGCACAACCCCAAGGCACAGGAUCAAAUACAAAAAUGGGUAUUUGAAAAGGAGGACGACGACAGUUCUGCCCAAAGUGGUGACAACUGUCUCACCGCAGGAUGCAACCACGAGGGCGAAUGUGGGGUUGAGGACGACGACGAUGGAGCCGGAGGCCACGACUAUCGUGGUGUCUCCCAGCACGACCACUGCCGCACCAACAACAACAGGAAUUAGGACUAGAGUGGAAAAAGCCGAUGAAGCAGUAAGUCUAGGCCUUCCCUGCGUAACAGAUCUUCAAUGUCGAGCAGCCGACCCUUCCUCAAGGUGCGUCGAGGGUGUCUGCGACUGUGCCAUCAGAAACAACGGAACCGGAUGCUCCGCAAGAAACCGAGGCUGCAUUCCUGGUACCUUCCAAUGUCGGAGUUCGGGGACGUGCAUCAGUUGGUUCUUCGUGUGCGACGGCAGGAAAGACUGCGGAGACGGAUCGGAUGAAGAUUGCAAAGGCGGAAGAUGUCCGGCGGAAGCUUUCAGAUGCAGGAGCUCCGGAAAGUGCGUGUCGCGGGCUAGCAGAUGCGACGGAGUUAAAGAUUGUCCCGCCGGCGAGGACGAACAAGACUGUCAGGCCACCGGUAAAAAAGGCUGUCCUGCGGACACGUUCCAGUGUGCAGACGGUAAGUGUCUGCCUGAAUAUGAAUUCUGCAACGCGAUUAUAGGAUGCAGUGACGGCAGCGAUGAGCCGGCGCACAUUUGCAGGGGAAGGGCUCGGCGGCGAUUGUCUGAGUACUGCCCUCUGCGUUGCGGCAACGGACGCUGCAGGUCUAGCGCGAUUGCCUGCUCCGGAAGAGACGGAUGCGGUGAUGGUACUGAUGAAAAUCACUGUUCAGUUUGUAGAUGUCCGAUAGUACAAGGAAGGAAUUUAUAGUUAAUUUAAUUUUUUGUUUAUUUUUCAAAUUCUACAAUGCCAAAAAUUUUGUAAAUUGAUUUUUAUCUCGAAACUAUACGUUUUCUCGCUUAGUAUUUAAUGUUAGUUAGGUUAGACGUAAUGCUCAAAAAUAUUUAAUUAUAUUGUAUUGAUAGAUAUUUAUUUAUAUUGUAUGUAAGACGACUAAUUAUAUAAGUUUUAUGUAAAAAAUGAAUGUACUAAAUAGA